AUGGCUAGCCCUCCUGUGCUAGCCUUCGAUGCUGAGGGCCGCCCAGUGAAGUUUGACACCUGGCUCGAUGACCUGCACCUCUUCCUACAGCUCACUGCCAAGGAGGACAUUUCACUGUACGAUCACGCCCUAGGCCAUGCUACUGCCCCUGACACUACUGCUGACAGCACUCUGCGCUCCCAGUGGCAGACCCGUGACGCGCACGCUCGCUUCGCUAUUCGCAACUCCUCUCUGCUAGAUGAGCGCGAGCACUUCGGCCAGUGCAAGACUGCUAAGGAACUGUACACAGCCGUAGUUGCUCGUUACUCCUCACCUGCGUCUGCCGCACUAGGCCGCCUCUCACUCCCCUAUCUGUUCCCCGACCUGGCCUCCUUUCACACUGUUGCUGACCUCAUCACCCACCUCAAGACUAGUGAGGCCCGCUUUCGCGCUGCUAUGCCUGCCGAGUUCCUUGCUAGCAACCCCCCCCCGCUCUGGCUCACUCUCUACCACAUUGUCACCCGCCUCCCUGACUCUCUGCGCACAGUCAGGGAUUCCUUUCUAGCUCGCUCCCCUACUGAGCUCACCAUUGCCCUCCUCGAGAAGGACCUACUUGCAGCUGAGGCGAGCAUCGUCGCCGUAGGUGCCUCUCGUGGCGAGCCCCGCACCCCCUUCUUUGAGGGGUGUUCCCCUUCCCCCCUUCUCCCCUCUGUCGCCUCUGCUUCUGCUGUCGACCUCCUUGGUGCUGAGAAGGUCGGGACCGCGUCUGCUCCGAGCGGGCGCCGCAGGACCAAAGGAGGCAAGGGUGGAGGAGGCGGCCGGGGAGGCGGGGGUGGAGGCGGUGGGAGUGGAGGAGGGGCUGGAGAGGCUAGUGGCGGCAGUGGGGGUAGUGACGGCAGCGGCGGAGGCGGUGGCAGGGGCGGGGGCGGCAGCGGGGGCGGCGGUGGUCGUGGCAGCGGCAGGGGAGGGGGUGGUCGAGGAGGUGGCAGCGGCGGUGGUGGUCGUGGAGGCGCUGGCGGUGGUCCGAGCCAGCAGCACACUCCGUCGCUCCAGGAGGCCCGUGAGUGGUAUGCGCAGCGUGGAGGGGCGGGUGGCCUUAGCUGCACGUACGUCAUCCGCACUGGUGACCGCGCUGGUCAGACGUGUGGGAAGCCGCACCCCACGCCACGCUGCUCGCGCGCCUUGACGACGCUUGGCGCACUCAGUUCCCUGACGGCAAUGAGCUGCCCCGCUGGUUUGAUCUGGAGAAGAAGGGUGUUGAUAUCUGGGCUUUAG